CGUAGAGUCUGGACCUCUGAAAUCAAAAAGUGGCUUUUUGUAAUCCGCCGUCAUGAAUUAUAAGCUCAAAAUCACAAUUCCUGUGGUGGUUUGCGGCGGUGCAGUACUCGCGUAUUACCUCAUCAGGCGAAAAGCCGCAGCAAUGGUGGACGCCGCAACCCUCGAGAAAUUGGAGGCUGGCUUCAGCAAGCUGGCCGCCUCUGACUCUAAGUCGCUGCUGAAGAAGUACCUUACCAGGGAGGUGUUCGACGCCCUUAAGAACAAGAAGACCUCCUUUGGCUCAACUCUCUUGGAUUGUAUUCAGUCGGGUGUUGAGAACUUGGACUCUGGUGUUGGAAUCUAUGCCCCUGAUGCUGAGGCAUACUCUGUGUUCGCUGACCUCUUUGAUCCCAUAAUUGAGGACUACCACAAUGGCUUCAAGAAAACCGACAAGCAUCCACCUAAGAACUGGGGAGAUGUUGAGACUCUUGGCAACUUGGACCCGGCCAGCGAGUUUAUUGUAUCCACUCGUGUGCGCUGCGGCAGAUCCAUGGAGGGCUACCCAUUCAACCCUUGCCUUACGGAAGCUCAAUACAAGGAAAUGGAAGACAAGGUUUCUUCCACCCUCUCUGGUCUUGAAGGUGAACUCAAGGGCACUUUCUACCCCCUCACUGGCAUGUCUAAGGAAACCCAACAGCAGCUGAUUGAUGACCACUUCCUCUUUAAGGAGGGUGACCGCUUCCUCCAGGCUGCUAACGCCUGCCGCUUCUGGCCUACUGGACGUGGUAUCUACCACAACGAGAAUAAGACCUUCCUGGUCUGGUGUAAUGAAGAAGAUCACCUCCGUCUUAUCUCCAUGCAGAUGGGUGGAGACUUGAAACAGGUAUAUAAGAGGCUCGUGACUGCUGUGAACGACAUUGAGAAGAGGAUUCCGUUCUCACACCACGAUCGCCUAGGCUUCCUUACUUUCUGCCCCACCAACCUCGGCACGACUGUCCGCGCAUCCGUGCACAUCAAGCUGCCCAAACUGGCCGCCGACAAGGCCAAGCUGGAAGAGGUUGCCUCCAAGUACCACUUGCAAGUACGCGGCACUCGCGGAGAACACACCGAAGCCGAGGGCGGCGUCUAUGACAUCUCCAACAAGAGGCGCAUGGGCCUCACUGAGUACGACGCCGUCAAGGAGAUGUACGAUGGCAUCGCUGAACUGAUCAAAAUCGAGAAGUCCCUGUAAGCUAUCGAUCUCGCUAUCAGUAUUUUUUGUAUUAUUUAUCGUUUUCGC